CAAGAGUUGCUUAGGUCACCCUUAGACGUGCGGGGAGUGCGCGUAACUGGGGACGCGAAACUCCAUGGAUUUUUUUUGGUUUUACCUUUAUUUGAGCGGCCCGGUCGCAGGCUCGUUUGACCUAUGCAUGAAUUGUUGACCACAUUGAAUUUCACCCCAGAUACGUGAAACCAGAAUGUCGGACAAAACUGCAAUCUCUAAGGUCAUCAUCGUCGGGGCAGGCCCUGCCGGAUUGAUCCUUGCGCUCUUAUUGAGCAAGGCGGGCAUUCCAGUCCAGAUCUUGGAUGCCGGCGACAAACUUGACAAUGCCCCGCGAGCAACCCACUAUUCAUCGCCGGCAAUCUUCGAAUUGCGCCGCGCAGGAGUUCUGGACGAUGUGAGGAAGCAAGGGUAUAUCCCCGGCGGAGUCCGCUGGCGCAAGCUGGAUGGCACACCACUUGCGGGAGUUGACAUGGAUGCCGUCCCAUUCGAAGACAAGAUGGUGUGCUUGCCACUAAACAAGCUCCUGGUCAUUAUCAAGGAGCAUAUCGAUAGGCAGCCUAACGUCGAGAUCGAAUGGGGAGCUAAGGUGGUUCGAAUCGACCAAGAUAAAAACGAAGCUCGGGUGGUCGUUGAGAAGGCCGAUGGAGAACACACGUUUGGCGCCGACUACAUUGUUGGCUGCGACGGAGCCAACAGUCAAAUUCGAAGAUCCUUGUUCGGUGACUGGGAGUUCCCAGGUCGGACGUGGGACGAACAGAUUGUGGCAACCAACGUCUACUACGACAUGAGUCCGUACAACUGGGGCGAUGCCAAUUUCAUUAUCGACCCCGAACACUGGAGCAUGGUGUCCAAAAUCCAGACCGAUGGCCUCCUCCGUAUCACGUACGGAGAAAUCCCCGGCCUGACCCGGGAAGAGUUGAUCGCUCGCCAGCCCAUGAAAUUCAAGGCAUUCCUCCCCGGCCGACCCGAUCCUGACAAAUACAAGAUCGUGAACAUGAGUCCUUACAGGACUCAUCAGCGUCUCGCCAAGAGUCUUCGUGUCGGACGAUUUCUUCUGGCCGCAGAUGCUGCACAUCUAUGUAAUCCAUUUGGCGGUCUAGGGCUGACUGGCGGUCUCGUGGAUAUUGGUAAUCUGUACGACUGCCUUUACGGGAUUCAUAAAGGGCUGGCAGAUGAUUCCAUCCUUGACCGGUACAAUGAAGUACGACGUGACAAGUAUAACAGCAUCAUCGAUCCGGUCUCCAGUGAGAACAUUCGCCGUCUUUGGCAGGACCCAGAGCGUGCUCUGGAAGAGGAUCAGUUCUUAGCUAUGUGCCGAAGAGCCGCAACUGAUCCUGAAGUGAGCAAGCAACUUCAGUUGGGGCUCAACGCCAUCAUGCAUGAUUUCACCACGGAGUAUAAGUCGCUUGCGGUUUCAGUCUAAUCAUGUUGCCAUAUGUAAUUUGCCAUAAGCGCAAAGACUUUACGAGAUUGGAAAGACUGGGCAGCGCCCACCAGAAUUGCGGUUAGUAGAGUGUCACCAGCUUCGUACGUAGCGUUGUGGCAGGACAAUCGACUUAAGUUCGCGGAGCGCGCAGCAGUCGAAAAUAAAAGCUUGGUCACC